AUGGCAGAUGCUCUUGACAUAUCAAGAAUGUGGAUUUUAUGGACAUGCACAGUCAUAUUUUUACUGGUCAGAGACUGUCAUUGCAUUCAAAAGACCACGUUAUCGAAGAACUGGGGACCACAGUCAAUGCUUUACUUAAAGGGAAAACAUGGAAGACGGUUUGUUCCUGACAUUGAUGAUAUUAUUUCAAGUUCAGGGUUGAAAAGCUGGUACGCAGUUCUCAAAGGUGUGGAUCAAUAAUUCCUUAAUAUGUCAAAUGGGUGCAGAUGCUGUAGAUAAAUGAAGUAAUUUUGACUGCUGUGUUUUCUCGAAGGGUUUCAGAAACUGAAGUCGCUGAACGCAAGAAAACAAUCAGGAUUGUUCACAAUGCAGAACUUUGUUAUCCGUUAAUCUUUUUUUCUCUUCUGGGUCUGUACAGUGUGCCAUAUUUUAUAUUGUUUAAGAUUCAAAAUAAAUCUAUUUAUGUCAAAUACGUGGGAGACUGAUUGAUUUAUUUGACUGUUUAGAUGGGGCUUUAUAUAUUUUAGGAUUGAUUGUAUAUGUUCUGACAGUGGUGUUGGUUAUGUUUUUAUAAAUAAAAGUUAUAAAUCAAACUUUGGUUGAUGUGUUAAGAUAACAUUCACACUGAAGCUGACUCACAUGCCUAGUUGUAUGUGGUUAUUUUAUGCAUGCACAUUUGUUUCAGUGGCUAUUCAAUUUUAGUUGCAUUUUUCUUAAUAAACUGAGGUCAUUGUAUGUACAUACAGACAUUAUUCCAUGCAACCCAGCUGAGGUGCUUCAGAUGACCUUAAAUACCUCCGAUUCACAGCCAAACUGCAACAGCUGCAAAAGGAGAAAUCAGAUCAUGUGAGCAAGACGUGUCGCCUGCUCAGAGAGCAAUGGCUCCUUUCACUGCCCUCAAAUACACUUCAGUGUAUUCAGUGGAAACACAAUGGGAGAUAUUAUCUCUCAAUGUGAGUUCUGGUUAACAGUGUAGAUUCAUUUCUAAACUGCAAAGUUCAUCUUUCUCUGUCGCCAUGCCUUAAGCCACUUUCACUCUCUCAGGUUCACAUAACUUUGCAGCAAGCAAUUGUGAAUAGGUCUGUGUUGUUUUUUAAGUAUUUGUAUGAAUGGACUUUGGUAUAGCUCAGCCACUUUUAACGUUUUAACUGUUACUUGAUUGUUUAAAGUGGCGGGAAAAUUAACUUAAGGGAUGCAAAUAAAAGGUUAUGAUUACAAACGAAUGCAUCACAAAAUUCAUUAAAUCUAUUACUAAUAUUUGCUCAUGCUUGUACUGUUUUCCCACUGAAUAUGAUGUCAACUCCUAGAUGAUAAAAUACUGACUUUCAGUUAUUAAUAAAUUAA